AUGUUCGCAGGUGCCGGCCGCUGGCUCAAGCGGAACCGGAAUCGCAUCGCGUUUGGAGCUGCUGUGGUGGGAGGAACAUAUUACGUGGGCCAAUAUGUCUUGAACAAGAUUACAGAGGCUAGACAGCGAUCACAGUUGGACAAGAUCGCAAAGGAUAAUAUCAAGAGACGAUUCGAACAGAACCAGACAGACUGCACGUUGACAGUGCUCGCUCUGCUACCUACGCUCAACGAGAACAUCCUUGCCAGACUGCCAUGCGAGGACUUGACGAAUGAACUCACUGCUAGACGAGCCGAGCGCCUGGCACGAACAUCAGGCGAGGGCGCGUCGGAAUCGUCAAGUCUGAGAGAUGGCGACACUAUCAGCAUGUCCAGUCUGCAGACCGGCAGCUUUGUACAUACUAGCCGAGUGCUAGAGAGCGACCCAAAUGCACCACCACGAACGAAAGCACAGCUUUGGGGCGAACUGAAGACCACGUCUAUCACAAGGGCUUUCACCAUGAUCUACUCACUAUCGUUACUCAUUCUGUUCACUCGCAUCCAGCUCAAUCUGCUUGGACGCAUGGACUAUGUGCGGUCGGUCAUGGCUUUGGCACAACCCAUCACGAGUCCGUCCAAUUCGAUUGUGCUCGAAGACCAUGAUGGUGAGACAGGCGCAACCAUUGGUGAUAACUAUGAUGACACGAGAAGAUAUCUGAUUUUCUCCUACCAACUGCUGCAUCGCGGCUACGCCCAGAUCAUGGAGAAGGUCAGAAACGCAGUGGAAGAAGUAUUCGGUCCAGUCAGACCUCAGGAAUCUCUGUCCGCCGACCGGCUGCGAGAACUGGUAUUGGAGGUCAGAAAGCGAGUCGAAGGUGCCACAGAGCAAGACCGAUAUCUUACCCGGUGGCUGCCAUAUCUGCUUCCACCAAGAGAAGAAGAGGAGGCACUCCUGGUCGAGUCCAAUAUCAUCACCCCACCCCAAACCUCGUCAUCAUCCUCCUUCGGCGAAUCAAGCACAGCCGACUCGCCACCGAAAGAGCGAAAAUCAUAUGUCGACACGUCAAGCGGCCCCUUACGAGACCUCCUCGACGAGACCGCCGAUCUGAUCGACUCGCCCUCCUUCACCAAAAUCCACACCCUCAUCUUGAACUCGAUGUUCAGCUUGCUCUUCGACCAGAAGGUCAUCCAAGCACUCUACCCGCAGCCCAGCUACAAUCCCCUCCAGCUUCCGAAGCCAGCGCCCCACAUCCCCGGAUACAAGAGCUCGACUCCGCCGUCACAGUCGUGCCUGCCGAGCCACGAGUCAAGGCAGAGCAAUAACGGCGCCACCAACGAGUACCUCGCCAAAGCGGACGCAGAUGUGAGGGAGCUGGACGCGUUCGCGGCGGUUAUCUACACCAGUAAUCUGCCAAACACGACGACUGAGGCGAGACCGAAGUCGUCCGAGGGCCAGAUCAAGUCUUCUGAUGGGAUCGGCGUGAGUGAUGUUGGCGCGGAGAAGGCGGACGAGAUGAUAGAGAGCCAGCUGGAGAGCGCCUGGGCUAAGGUGGCUGGGUCUACGUCGUUCUCGGAAGGUUGA